AUGGCAGAGGACAAGCAACCUGUGGGCCUACUCUUCGAUAUCGGGGGAGUCUGCGUCGUCUCCCCCUUUCAAGCAAUCUUAGACUACGAAAUUUCCCAAAACAUUCCCCCAGGAUGGGUGAACUUCAGCAUCUCCCGAACGUCGCCCUACGGCAGCUGGCAUAAACUAGAGCGCGGCGAGAUCAAAAUGGACGCCGACUUCUUCGCCAACUUCAACAAGGACCUGCGCAGCCCAGAACUUUGGAAGCAAUUCAACGCCAGACUCCAACAGAGCAAGGCACACGGUACUGCUGCUGCUGCCACGUUACCGCCGAUGCCAGAGGUAGACGCGGAGUGGCUUUUCUGGGAGAUGAUGCGGAUAUCUCGCACGCCGGAUCCGUAUAUGUUCCCUGCUUUGAAGAAGUUGCGGGAGUCGGGGAAAUUUGUGGUUGGGGCUUUGUCGAAUACGGUCAUAUAUCCUGAAGGGCAUCCGUAUAAUGAGGAUGCGAUUGGGCUCAAGUCGCAGUUUGAUUUCUUCAUUUCGUCGGCACAUUCGGGGCUCAGGAAACCGGAUCCGAAGAUCUACGAAGCAGCGUUGAAGGAAAUGGAUGCGUUAGCGAAGGAGAAGCGAAUUGGGAGAGCUAGUGCGUCGGAUGUUGUCUUUUUUGAUGACAUCGGCGAGAACCUGAAAGCUGCGAAGAAGGCUGGGAUGCGGACUGUUAAAGUCAUGCUUGGAAAGACGCAGGAUGCCGUUAAGGAGUUGGAGAAGUUGACUGGACUUGAACUGUUGGAGACCAAAGACGAAGCGAAACUAUAG